AAAGGGUUAAACAGGACUGGGAGGGGGCCAGCUGCGGAGCCCCGAAAGGGUUAAAAAUCCAAACGCGUCGACUCCCCCCGACUAUUUGGUUCCAAAUGGACUGCCAAGGGACCGGGAGAGCCAGGGAGCCCCCCUCGCAGUGACUUUUUUUUUUAAUUUGAGAACUUUUACUUCCGACCCCAAAAAAGUAUCCCAGUUCCCAGUUCCAAAGUUCUCUUAACCUUUUCUUUUUAUCAUCUAUUUUUUUCUCGAUUUCUCCGCGGGCUGGAUUAUAAAACGCUCCCUCUCCCUUUGGGUUUGGGGAGCCGGGUUUCCCCCUCCGGGCAGGGCGCGGGCCGAAGGAGCCCCGGGAGUUUUCUCCGGGGCCGGGUCGGGACGCGGCUGGUGAGUCCCGGCUCCGGCCCCUGAAUUGGGGGGUCCGCGUCUGCCCCAAACGCCGCUUUCUUCCGUUUUCCAUGUCAUUUCCUGUACUAAUAAGAUGGUGGUCAAAGCAGGGGAGGAGAGCAGCAGCGAGUCGCCGCCGCCGCCGCGCCGAGGCUGGCGCUGAAACUUUGCCUCGCCGGGGACCAGCGCGCCCGCAGCGCGGCCGCUCCCGCCGCGGGGGCCGCCAGCCGGGGCCGCGCCGCCUCCGCCGAGCCGCCCGCCGGGCCGCCCGCGCCGCCCGGGCCCCGCGGCUGCCGCAGCAUUCCCGGGAAGGACAGAAUGACCGAGAACAUGAAGGAGUGCUUGGCCCAGACCAAGGCAGCUGUGGGGGAUAUGGUGACGGUAGUGAAGACAGAGGUCUGCUCACCACUCCGUGACCAGGAGUAUGGCCAGCCCUGCUCUAGGAGACCAGACUCCUCUGCCAUGGAAGUUGAGCCCAGGAAACUGAAGGGGAAGCGUGACCUCAUCAUGCCCAAAAGCUUUCAGCAAGUGGACUUCUGGUUCUGCGAGUCCUGCCAGGAGUACUUCGUGGAUGAAUGCCCGAACCAUGGCCCCCCAGUGUUUGUGUCUGACACGCCAGUGCCCGUGGGCAUCCCAGACAGGGCGGCACUCACCAUCCCACAGGGCAUGGAGGUGGUCAAGGACACCAGUGGAGAGAGUGACGUGCGAUGUGUAAAUGAGGUCAUCCCCAAGGGCCACAUCUUCGGCCCCUAUGAGGGGCAGAUCUCCACCCAGGACAAAUCGGCUGGCUUCUUCUCCUGGCUGAUUGUGGACAAGAACAACCGCUAUAAGUCCAUAGAUGGCUCAGACGAAACCAAAGCCAACUGGAUGAGGUACGUGGUCAUAUCCCGGGAGGAGAGGGAGCAGAACCUGCUGGCUUUCCAGCACAGCGAAUGCAUCUACUUCCGGGCGUGCAGGGACAUCCGGCCUGGGGAGUGGCUGCGGGUCUGGUACAGCGAGGACUACAUGAAGCGCCUGCACAGCAUGUCCCAGGAAACCAUCCACCGCAACCUUGCCAAAGGAGAGAAGAGGUUGCAGAGGGAGAAGUCUGAGCAGGUUCUGGAUAACCCAGAAGACCUGAGGGGUCCCAUCCAUCUCCCUGUGCUGAGACAGGGCAAAAGUCCCUACAAGCGUGGCUUUGAUGAGGGGGACGUACAACCCCAAGCCAAGAAGAAGAAAAUUGACCUGAUUUUCAAGGAUGUUCUGGAGGCCUCACUGGAAUCUGCAAAGGUGGAAGCCCACCAGUUGGCCCUGAGCACCUCACUGGUCAUCAGGAAAGUCCCCAAGUACCAGGAUGAUGCCUACAGUCGGCGUGCAACGACCAUAACCCAUGGUGUGCAGAAUGUAGGCCGGACCCAGGGGGAGGGGGACUGGAAGGUCCCCCAGGGGGUCUCCAAAGAGCCAGGCCCACUGGAAGAUGAAGAAGAGGAGCCUUCAUCAUUCAAGGCCGACAGUCCCGCCGAGGCCUCCCUUGCAUCUGACCCUCAUGAACUUCCCACCACCUCUUUUUGCCCUAACUGUAUUCGCCUAAAGAAGAAGGUCCGGGAGCUCCAGGCAGAAUUAGACAUGCUUAAGUCUGGGAAACUUCCUGAGCCCCCUGUAUUGCCACCACAGGUACUGGAGCUCCCAGAGUUCUCGGACCCUGCAGCCUCAGAGAGCAUGGUCUCUGGCCCUGCCAUCAUGGAGGACGAUGACCAGGAAGUUGAUUCAGCAGAUGAAUCUGUCUCCAACGAUAUGAUGACUGCAACGGAUGAGCCCUCCAAGAUGUCGUCUGCCACCGGGCGCCGAAUCCGGCGCUUUAAGCAGGAAUGGCUGAAGAAGUUCUGGUUCCUGCGGUACUCCCCGACCCUCAAUGAGAUGUGGUGCCACGUCUGCCGCCAGUACACGGUGCAGUCCUCACGCACCUCGGCCUUCAUCAUCGGCUCCAAGCAGUUUAAGAUUCACACCAUCAAACUGCACAGCCAGAGCAACCUGCACAAGAAGUGCCUGCAGCUGUACAAGCUUCGCAUGCACCCGGAGAAGACGGAGGAGAUGUGUCGUAACAUGACCCUGCUCUUCAACACCGCCUACCACCUGGCCCUGGAGGGCAGGCCCUACCUGGACUUCCGGCCCCUGGCGGAGCUGCUGAGGAAGUGUGAGCUCAAGGUGGUGGACCAGUACAUGAAUGAGGGAGACUGCCAGAUCCUCAUCCAUCACAUCGCCCGGGCCCUGCGGGAAGACCUGGUGGAGCGCAUCCGCCAGUCGCCUUGCCUCAGCAUCAUCCUGGAUGGGCAGAGCGACGACCUGCUGGCCGACACGGUGGCUGUCUACGUUCAGUACACCAGCAGCGACGGGCCCCCGGCCACAGAGUUCCUGUCCCUGCAGGAGCUGGGGUUCUCUAGCACAGAAAGCUAUCUCCAGGCACUUGACCGGGCCUUCUCGGCCUUGGGCAUCCGGUUACAGGAUGAAAAGCCAACCGUGGGCUUGGGUGUAGAUGGGGCCAACAUCACAGCCAGCCUCCGGGCCAGCAUGUUCAUGACGAUCCGCAAGACCCUGCCCUGGCUGCUGUGCUUGCCCUUCAUGGUGCACCGGCCCCACCUGGAGAUCCUGGAUGCCAUCAGCGGGAAGGAGCUCCCAUGCCUGGAAGAGCUGGAGAACAACCUGAAGCAGCUGUUGAGCUUCUACCGCUACUCGCCGCGCCUCAUGUGCGAGCUGCGGUCCACGGCGGCCACCCUCUGCGAGGAGACAGAGUUCCUGGGGGACAUCCGGGCGGUACGGUGGAUCAUUGGCGAGCAGAACGUCCUCAAUGCCCUUAUCAAGGACUACCUGGACGUGGUGGCUCAUCUCAAGGAGGUCAGCAGCCAGACCCAGCGGGCAGAUGCCUCGGCCAUCGCCCUGGCCCUGCUGCAGUUCCUCAUGGACUACCAGUCCAUCAAGCUCAUCUACUUCCUGCUGGACGUGAUCGCUGUGCUCUCACGCCUGGCCUACGUCUUCCAGGGCGAGUACCUGCUGGUGUCCCAGGUGGAUGACAAGAUCGAGGAGGCCAUCCAGGAGAUCAGCCGGCUGGCUGACUCCCCGGGAGAAUACCUGCAGGAGUUUGAGGAGAACUUCCGAGAGAGCUUCAAUGGGAUCGCCAUGAAGAACCUCAGGGUGGCUGAAGCCAAGUUCCAGUCCAUCAGGGAGAAGAUCUGCCAGAAGACCCAGGUCAUCCUGGCUCAGAGGUUCGACUCCCGCAGCCGGAUCUUUGUGAAGGCCUGUCAGGUUUUCGACCUGGCUGCCUGGCCCAGGAGCAGUGAGGAGCUGAUGAGCUAUGGCAAGGAGGAUAUGGUGCAGAUAUUUGAUCACCUGGAGGCCAUCCCGACCUUUUCCAGGGAUAUCUGUAGGGAAGGGCUGGACCCCCGGGGCAGUCUGCUGAUGGAAUGGCGAGAACUCAAGGCAGAUUACUACACCAAAAAUGGCUUCAAAGACCUGAUCAGCCACAUUUGCAAGUACAAACAGAGGUUUCCACUCUUGAACAAGAUCAUCCAGGUUCUUAAAGUCCUCCCCACUUCCACCGCUUGCUGCGAGAAAGGCCGCAACGCCCUCCAGCGAGUUCGCAAAAACCACCGCUCCCGCCUGACCCUGGAGCAACUUAGCGACCUGUUGACAAUCGCUGUAAACGGACCGCCAAUUGCCAAUUUUGAUGCCAAGCGAGCCCUGGACAGCUGGUUUGAGGAGAAGUCGGGGAACAGUUAUGCACUGUCCGCAGAGGUCCUCAGCAGGAUGUCCGUGCUGGAGCAGAAGCCAGCGCUACAGACCGUGGACCACGGGGCGGAGUUUUACCCAGACCUUUAGGGAGUUGGCGCUGCAGAGUUCACGAAGCUAUUGAAUAUUUUUUUAAUCUAUACUCAUAAGCUUUGAUAUAUUAUAUAAAUAUAUAUUAUAUUAUAUUAUAUAUAUAUAUAUAUAUAAACCCACACUGAAAAUUUUUAAAAACCAAGGUGACACAUCCACCAGAAGCCACCUGGGAGCUUUCAGAAAGGAAAAAUAUUGGAAACUGACUCUUUUGUCUACAAAAUUUGGCAGCUGCAACAUACGUGGCAACUCAUUUUCACUCACAGAAGCACGUGCUGGGGCCACCUGUGUUCCCAACUUACUGUCCACCAACAGCAUAAGCUAAAAUGACAGGUCUCUGUCAUCACCUUUAGGUAGCUCAUUUUGUUUAUGUUUUCAUUUGCGGGUGGCGGGGCUUUGGGUUUGGGUUUAUGUUCUUGCCUUUUCUUUUUUCAUUUGAUUUUAUGAUGGGAGGGAGGUCCUUGGCCUCCUCAUUGACAUUCUGGUCAAAGGUCUCAGACUUAAGCCGGGGUGAGUUGUGUGUCUGGAUUGGGGGGUUUGACCUUUCUCCCUCCCCGUCUAACUUCAGCUUGAGAUCUUUUUUUUUUAUUCAUUUCCUGAUGAGGGUUCCUUCACUGUCCUACAAACAAAAGUGUCGGUCAAACUGUGACACCGCCGCACCUCACCUCUGUUGCCUCGUCCAUCCUGGGAUGUGGAUCCCUUCUUUCCAGCCCCCUGGAAACUACGAUAUUACCCAUUAUACUGAAGGCAAGAUUGCCUCACCGCCGAGCUUGAAAUCCUGGGAAAGGGAGAAGGGGUGAGCUUUUAGCAUUCCUGUUUUUACGAGGUAGAGAAUAAACAAUACAGUUCCAUUCUGAUCCAAGGCUUUUGGGGAGAUGAAGAGCCAAGAAGUCCAGGCCCCUAUAAGGGAGUGAUUUUUGGCUAAAAAAAAGAAAGUAAAAUGAAAAGUAUGUAUUCAAUUUACAUG